GAAAGGAGGGUGAGUCACACUGAGUAGUCUUGGUAGCCCAGCCUGGAUGAGGAUGCAUUGACUAAAAGAUCAGAACAUUCACAGAACAAGAAGUAAGAAAUAUCGCAGAAUUGACACUCAACUGAGGAAUGGCCAGGCAUCAAAAUAAGCAAAUGGGAUCUGGAAAAAAUUCUUUCUCUCCACCCUUCUACCCCAAGGUGUCAAAAACUAAAAUGAAGCUUUGGAGCAGUUAUCCGUGUAUCAUUACUCCUCAAAUUAUAAUCAUAGUCACAGUAUUAUACAAUGUGCAUGUAAGUCAACCAGACAGUGGUCAAAUGGAUGACGUAGGCGGUGAAUAUCAAGCCUUUUCCCGACUGCACAUCUGUGACGCAGCCCUAAAUGGGAAGACGGUGCAAGUGUUGCCAAGUGCUUUAUCCACAACGUUUGGAAUAGAUUCUUGCCCUUACUAUGUGCUAGAGAACCACUAUAUCACAACUCCUCUGUCCACAGAAGAAGCUGCAUUCCCUUUGGCAUAUGUAAUGACCAUCAGUCAAGAUUUUGGUCACUAUUGGUGAAAUAUCUGCGUCUAUGGACCUGGGGAUUUAAAGUGGCUCUAUGAAUCUUCCGGCAUGUUCGCUAAUAAGUUGGAGUUGGAGACAUAUCCACUUACUGUGGAAUGCCUAGAACUGAGGAUUCGAGAGAAAACUCUGAAUCAGGGUGAAGUCCCAGUGGAACCAGACCGGUAUUUACUCCAAGAGUAAGAGCUACUUCAAAGAAAAUAUAAAAUAUCAACAAUAAAAAAAUGAAUAACUCUUA